AAGGGGGAGGGGCCGGUAAUGUAAAUUCAGUAAAAGGAAACGCCCAUGUGGACGUCAUCUUGUUACAGUUUUCCUUCUGGUCCGCACAUGUGCUAUAUAAGCUAGGACUCCGCGCCUCAAACAUUAUUCAUUCAAUUCUCAAUCAGCAGGAUGUCAGGACGCGGCAAAGGAGGAAAAGGUCUCGGUAAGGGCGGAGCCAAGCGGCACAGGAAGGUGCUCCGGGAUAACAUCCAGGGUAUCACUAAGCCUGCUAUCCGCCGUCUAGCUCGCAGGGGAGGUGUGAAGCGUAUUUCCGGCCUCAUCUAUGAAGAGACUCGCGGUGUCCUGAAGGUUUUCCUGGAGAACGUCAUCCGUGACGCCGUCACCUACACCGAGCACGCCAAGAGGAAGACCGUCACCGCUAUGGACGUGGUGUACGCCCUCAAGCGCCAGGGCCGCACUCUCUACGGCUUCGGAGGUUAAUUCUGCUUCUACUCUGCUCCAUCUCACCAACCCAAAGGCUCUUCUCAGAGCCGCCCACAUGUUCUAUGGAAAGGCUACAAUUCCUUGUGUUUACACUGCUGUGUGUUAUCGGAGAUCUGUCGUAGUGUAUUGUCCUUGUCUGUACAAUUAUCGUGGUUAAGAUAUAGAAGCUGCAUAUUGAAGAGGAAACCCGAUUUUGGGAUUUGCAAGGAUUUUAUCUCGAUGG